CCUGGCCAUCCAAUCUCCCAAAUCCAACGCCCCACAUUCCAUCGUCCCAUUUCUCUCCCUUCUCCAACGCAAUCAUCGCCUCCCACUCCCCCCAAAUUAAUCCCCCUCGCUCCCUAUUCUCUCCCUUUUCAAAACAAACAAACUUCCCUUCUCUUCUCUCUCAGAUCUACAACUCUCUCACACCAUAUUCCCCUUUCAUCCAAACCACUACCACUUCCUUCUACAAACAACAAUGGCUGUCACUCCUUCGGCUCGCGAGGACAACGUUUACAUGGCCAAGCUUGCUGAGCAAGCCGAGCGUUACGAAGAGAUGGUUGAGUUCAUGGAAAAGGUUUCAGCCUCCGCUGAGAAAUCUGAAGAGCUCACCGUAGAGGAACGUAACCUCCUCUCCGUUGCCUACAAGAACGUCAUCGGCGCGCGUAGAGCCUCAUGGCGUAUUAUUUCGUCCAUUGAACAAAAAGAGGAGAGCCGUGGAAACGAAGACCACGUGUCUACGAUCCGAGAUUACCGUUCAAAGAUCGAGACCGAGCUGUCCUCGAUCUGUGACGGGAUCUUGAAGCUUCUCGACUCGCGGCUCAUUCCCUCGGCUUCAUCUGGUGACUCUAAAGUUUUUUAUUUGAAGAUGAAGGGGGAUUACCACAGGUACUUGGCCGAGUUCAAGACUGGAGCCGAGCGAAAAGAAGCCGCUGAGAGUACUCUCACUGCCUACAAGGCUGCUCAGGACAUUGCAAACGCAGAACUGGCUCCAACUCAUCCGAUCCGUCUAGGAUUGGCUCUCAACUUCUCUGUGUUCUACUAUGAGAUUCUGAAUUCUCCUGAUCGCGCUUGUAAUCUUGCCAAACAGGCUUUUGAUGAGGCAAUUGCCGAGUUGGAUACCCUUGGUGAAGAGUCAUACAAGGAUAGCACUUUGAUCAUGCAACUACUCCGUGAUAACCUCACUCUCUGGACCUCCGACAUGCAGGAUGAUGGAGCCGAUGAGAUUAAGGAAGCAACAAAGCCUGAAACUGAACAGCAGUGAGAAUUCCUCAGUUGUGAUUGAAUGAACUUCUCCUCUGUGUUUUUAAUGGGAGAAGAUGCUUCUUGUUAGUUUACAUUGCACUUGAAUUUUUAGGCAUUCUUGUCUUGGUUGAUCGAAUCAUGGAUGUACUAAGUUUUUUUCCCUCUUUUUUUUUUUUUUUUUUUUAACUUAAAAUUCUGUUUCUGAAUUCUGUGUUUAUUUUCAUGAAGAUAUUGAAUCAUAUAUCUACGUGGUCU